AGAUGCAGAGCUCUGGAACUUCGGACCAGCCACUCGAAGUUGAUAUCCGGGUCACGCCGGAGUGGGUUUGUGUGGGAAUCGGAGAAGUUUGACCUGCAGGUCUGUUGACCACUCCUCCAUCUGAGGCACUCUGUGCUCCCUUGACUCCACCCUCUCCAGGAAUGAUCACCAAGACCCACAAAGGAGACCUGAACCUUAGGCUUCCAGAGGAAAAAAACAAGAAGAAGAAGGUAGUGAUUAGAGAACCAGAGACUCAGUACUUGGUUGUAAACAGAAACAGUUACUUCACUGAAGUCUGUCCCACAAGAGCCAUAUCACCCAUGAAGAGUGUGAUCCAAGGGCAGGUAUCUGAGAUGCCUCUAGUAAAGAAAAAAAAGAAGAAAAAGAAGGGCCACAGCACGUACUGUGAGGAGCACCUAGAACUUGAGACCAUGUUACGUACCAGGUGGACAGAGAAGUCUUCCAGCCCCAGGACACAGGCUGUUGGUCCAUCUGAGUUCCUUAAUGGGGAAAAGAAAAAGAAGAGGAAGUCCUUUUGGCCUCUGGCUAUGUCCCCUGAUUUGAGGAUGAAGACCUCCCUGGACCCCAGACAGAGGGAGGAAGUGACCAGUGUUGGCAAGAAGCUCAAAAUAUACAAGAAGGAAGAAAAAGCCCAGAAAACCACAGCCUUCUCAGUAAGGGACACUUGGAUCAGCGAGGCCAGAUAUCUGCAUGCUUGCUCAUUGGGAAAGUAUGACCAGGAACAGGCAGGUGUGGCACAUAAAAGGAAGCAGGGGAGCCCCAGGGAACACAACAUGAAGAUGAAGAAGAAGAAAAUCCACCCAGAGGGAGACACCCACUUCAGCCACCCCAAGCCCUUUAGGUCUAUGGAGAGCAGCCCUAGGAAAGGAAGUAAAAAGAAGCCAGUCAAAGUUGAGACUUCAGAAUACAUCCCAAUAGGAGAUGGCCUCAAGUCCCCUGUAAAGAAGAAAAAGAAGUCCAAUAAAAAGGCAGGGCAGCCAGGCAUUGAGGAGCCAGCUCUGAAGAGAAAAAGAACAAAGAAAAGGAAAGAGAGCAAAGUAUCAGGAGUAACUUGGGAGGAGGAGCCUGACACAGACUUAGAGGUGGUGUUGGAAAAGAAAGGCAACAUGGAUGAGGCACCCAUAGACCAGGUGAGGCGAAAGGCUUUGCAAGAAGAGAUCGAUCGUGAGUCAGGCAAAACAGAAGCUUCUGAAACCCAGAAGUGGACAGGAACUCAGUUUGGUCAAUGGGAUACUGCUGGUCUUGACAAUAAGAAACAGAAACUGAAGUUUCUCAAACUUAUGGAUGGCCUUAAAAAUCUGUCCCCUUCAUUCACCCACACCCCUGACAUGAUUGGAAGGCCCAACAUGGCACUCAACAGGAAGGCAGCCAACACCCUGCAGCAAAGCCUGCAGCAGGACUACGACUGGGCCAUGAGCUGGAAGUACAGCUCAGGCACUGGCCUUGACUUCACUACCACCCCAAAUAAGAUCUUUUAUAUUGACAGAAAUGCUUCCAAGUCAAUCAAGUUUGAAGAUUAAACUCUACACUAUCUUA